GGUGGUCCCACUCCGAAAACACCGUUUCGAAGUUGAGGUUGAAAAAACUCAUGGUUUUAAGGUAUUUCUUCAGGUAAAAAGUGUACAGACAGCACUUUUAUUCAUGAUGUCAGUAUCAUCAGAUACCACACGCGGAGACGAACUGUCUUACUGGAUUUAACUUGGAGAAAUCUGAAAAAAGAAAGAAAAAAAAUGGAGAGAACAGCUGAGAGUGGGGUGAGGAGGUUGGCGCUGGCAAGUUGUGGAAUCUUGCCUUAUUACUCCCUUAUUGUGUGUAACUAAAUCCGUUAUAAGACACACAGUUGUGCUGCACAGGCAAAAAGGACACUAUUGUUAUUUGGUAAAGUGUCUGACAGUUGUUCAGCUGUGGAAUAUUCAGACGGUUUUGUUUGAGGCAUUGGCUGAUGCGGCUCAGUGCCAUGAAGUGAUUAGAUGUUUGCUGGGCGAUGAGGAUGAGCCGUUGGCUCCAGGGGGGAAGGAUUGUGACGUAAUGGGGUGCAGGACAAGCAAGGUCCUCCCAGAGCCACCCGCAGAUGUCCAACUCGAUUUAGUCAAAAAAGUGGAGCCUCACCAGACCGAUGUCUAUAAAAACUUCAUCAGGAGCGAGAGCGGCGUGGAGAAAACGGGUUCGCCCUCACUGCAAGGGCAGGCGCAAGCCAGUCCCCUGGUUGCCCAAUCCCCCCCACCCACAAACAGCCAAUCGAACCCUGUUGACCCACGCCGAAACAAAGUGGCCAAGUACCGAGCCAAGUUUGACCCGCGGGUGACUGCCAAAUACGAUAUAAAGGCCCUCAUCGGGCGUGGCAGCUUCAGCCGGGUGGUGAGGGUGGAACACAAGAGCACGCGACAGCCCUACGCCAUUAAGAUGAUCGAGACGCGUUACAAGGAAGGUCGUGAGGUGUGUGAGUCGGAGCUGUGCGUUUUGCGCCGUGUGCGUCACACCAACAUCAUCCAACUGAUGGAGGUGUUUGAGACUGCAGAGCGGGUGUACAUGGUGAUGGAGUUGGCCACGGGUGGGGAGCUGUUUGACCGCAUCAUAGCUCGCGGCUCCUUCACAGAACGGGAUGCCACGCGCGUCCUGCAGAUGGUUCUGGAAGGGGUGAAGUACCUCCAUACACUGGGCAUCACGCACAGAGACCUCAAACCCGAGAACCUGCUCUACUACCACCCUGGCGCCGACUCCAAGAUCAUGAUCACAGACUUUGGUCUGGCCAGCACCCGGAAAAAGGGCGAUGAGUGCCUCAUGAAGACUACGUGUGGGACGCCAGAGUACAUUGCCCCUGAGAUCCUGGUGCGGAAACCCUAUACAAAUGCUGUGGACAUGUGGGCCUUGGGGGUGAUAUCGUACAUCCUUCUCAGUGGCACCAUGCCUUUCGAAGACGACAACCGCAUGCGCCUCUAUCGCCAGAUCCUCAAGGGAAAGUACAGCUUCUCAGGGGAGCCCUGGCCUAGUGUGUCCAACCUGGCGAAGGACUUCAUCGACCGCAUCCUCACUGUGGACCCAAGCGAGCGCCUGACAGCUGGUCAGGCGCUGAAACACCCUUGGAUCGUUAGCAUGGCUGCCUCUUCCUCCAUGAAGAACCUACAGCGUUCCAUUUCUCAGAACCUCCUGAAGAGGGCGUCAUCGCGCUGCCACAGCACAAAGUCUGCCCAGUCUACCCGGUCCAGCCGCUCCACCAAGUCCAGCAAGGCACGCCGCGCCCGCGAGAAAGAACUGAGAGAGCUAAACCGUCGCUACCAGCAGCAGUAUAACGGCUGAGUGGGCGUGGCAGGCCGCAGACGCAGACCAGACUCACAGAGACACUGUGUGGCUUACCUGGCAGAGAGGAAAUGGAUUCACCUGGAACAGGAGAAAGAGUGAUUAACAACACACACAAACACUCUACCCCAGCACUA